AGUCUGGUUCAUUCUCAUUGCUGUCCCAAGCUGUCAUUCCUCUAAUUCCCUCCCAUGAUGACAUCACUUGCCUGUACAUAAAGGCGGAAGAUGGGUAGUUUCUAUGAUGUUGAACAGAGACAACUUUUAGUCUGUUGUGGUCUGACUAGACAAUGUCUGAAAACAGAAGCCAAACUCCUGUUGCUGACACCCUAGAGAGCAGGGAACAUGCACAGCAGAAUGUGGUGAGCAGGGUGGCCAACUUGCCUUUAGUCAGCUCUGCCUGUGAUCUGGUUUCAAUGGCCUACACCUCUACCAAAGAGAGGCACCCCCACAUCAGAUCUCUGUGUGAUGUGGCAGCUAAAGGAGUGAAGACUAUGACUGAAGCUACAAUCAACUGUGCACAGCCGGUUCUGACUAAACUUGAACCUCAGAUUGCAGCAGCAAAUGAAUUUGCCUGCAAAGGACUGGAUAAGCUGGAGGAGAAGCUGCCAAUCCUUCAACAGCCAACUGAUAAGGUUCUUUUGGAUGCCAAAGAGCUGGUGACAGGUACCAGGGAUGCCAUGAACAGCAGAGUGACUGAGGUGCUGGACAAGACCAUGCAGGCAGCAAAAUCAGCAGUAACCAGUGGCAUGAGCACAGUCAUGGGCUCCAGAGUGGGGCCUGUGAGUGGAGCAGAAGCCAUGCAGGGGAAAUCAGUAGACCUGGUGGAUCACUCCCUCCCCAUCACAGAUGAUGAACUAGCUAAACUAGCAGCAUCUGUGAAAGGGUUUGAGGUGGCUUCUGUGGAACAGCAGCAGAAGUACUUUGUGCGUCUGGGGUCUCUGGCCACUGAACUCUGCCAGCGCACCUACCUGCAGUCUGUGAGCAAAGUGAGACUGCUCCAUCAGAGUAUGCAGGAGAACUUCUCUCAGAUCCAGCACACCAUUGAUCUGACUGAGACUGUCAAGCAGAGUGUGGGUAAGAAACUACACAAGGGUCAGCAGAAGCUGCACCAGUUGUGGCUGGAGUGGACUAAGAAGGAGCUUGCAGUAAUUGACAAUGGUUCUGCACAGCCAGAGCAGGUGGAUACCCUGGUUCUGGUCAUGUCUUGGAGAAUCACCCAGCAGCUGCAGACCAUAUGCUUGAACCUAGUGAUUCUAGUCCAAGGCCUUCCUACCAGUGUUCAGGACAAGAUGCAGCAGGCUCAUCACAAUCUGCAAGAGGUCCAUGCUGCCUUCUCCAAGGCCAACUCCUUCCAGGACCUGUCCACCAGUAUCCUGACCUGCAGCAAGAAGAAGCUGCUCAAGGCCCAGGAGUAUGUGGAUGAACUAUUUGAAUAUGUGGUGCAUAAGGCUCACCUGUCCUGGCUAGUGGGACCCUUUACCCUCUGUGGCAGAACCUCUUCAGAAUUGCAGUACCGGGAAGAUUGUAGGGUGGAGAUAGAUUAGAGAACCCUGCUAGCAUUCUUGUCAAACACAAGCAUUACUUUUCUAGUCAUAAGGCAGCUGAUGGGGGAAGAAUAACCUGCUGUCACAUAAAAUUGCAGCUCUCCUCCAAGAGGAGGCUGAAAGUCCACCUAUCCAAGCCUACUAUAGAAUCCUAGUGCAGCAUAAUCUUGCAGGAAAUCAACUGAAGUGGUAUUGAUGAGCUGUGUGGGCUCUGAACUACAUUUCCCUCACCCACACUUACCCAAUGCCAUGGGUUAGAUAAUACCCCUUAAGCUGGAAUGUCCCUUAGUGUUUAGUCUUGAGACCUUUUAAGGUGGUUCUCCAUGCAAAUGGUACAUAUCAAUUGUGUAUUGUAUUGCUAUUCACUUAAUCAAAGCUGGGUGGGAAGGAAUAGAGUACUAGGAGACCUAACCCAAUCAGGGGUGCUUCAAGCAUUUUCUAGAUCUAUUUCAUAGCCUAGUACAAAUUUCCUGGAUGUGGAGGGUGUAAACAUUGAAUUAAUAGUUCUAUUUUUAUGGCCUGACAGACAGCUGUUAUGCAGGGGUCUAGAGCAAAAACUUCCAGAGGAUUUCUUUCCAGUGCAGUAGUCUUUCAGGCUACAGCCUGAGAUGCUGAUGUCCAGUCUCCUCUAUACUCUAAGCAAUAAACUGGGUGUAUUGCAA